AUGCACAGCUCCCGCAGUCUCCUGGCGCUUUUGCUGCUGCCACUGCUACUGCUGGUGGCCACCAUAGGCCUUGCCGGAGCACUCAGUGAUGAUGAGAAACGUGUUAUGGUGGAGCUGCACAACCUCUACCGUGCCCAAGUGUCCCCACCAGCCGCCAACAUGCUGCGAAUGAGGUGGGACGAGGAGCUGGCUGCUUUUGCUAAGGCUUACGCGCAGGAGUGUGUGUGGGGCCACAACAAAGCACGUGGGAAGCGCGGCGAGAACCUGUUCGCCAUCACCGACGAGGGCAUGGACGUGCCGCUGGCCGUGGAGGAGUGGUACCUUGAGCACGAGCACUACAACCUCAGCACCGCCACCUGCGACCCAGGCCAGAUGUGCGGCCACUACACGCAGGUAGUCUGGGCCAAGACAGAGAGGAUUGGCUGUGGCUCCCACUUCUGUGAGAAGCUCCAGGGCGUUGAGGAGACCAAUAUCCAUUUGCUGGUUUGCAACUAUGAGCCCCCAGGGAACGUGAAGGGGCAGAGGCCCUACCAGGAGGGGCAUCCGUGUUCCCAAUGUCCCUCGGGCUACCGCUGUGAGAACUUCGUCUGUGAACCUAUCAGAGGCCCAGAAGAGUCUCAGGACUUGCCUUAUCUGGUAACUGAGACCCCAUCUUCUUUGGCAACUGAAGCUUCAGACUCUAGGAAAGCGGGUAUUUCUUCUUCCCCAGGAACAGAAACUCCAUUCUUGGUAACAGAGGUCUCAGACUCCCUGGCAACCAAAGCUCUACCUGCUGUAGAGACCAAGGCACCAUCCUCCUUAGCAACGGAAGGCCCCUCCUCCAUGGCAACAGAAGCUCCACCUUCCUUAACAACCGAGGUCCCCUCCUUUUUUGAAACUCACAGCCUGCUCUCCUUGGAUGAAGGGCCAACUACCUCCCCCAGUCUGACCCAGGAUCCCAUCCUCAAAUUGGCAGACAAAGAGGCCAGCAGGACAAGAAUGUCCUCCAGGAGCCCAAAGAGUUCUCUGCACCCCAAGAUAUCUCUGACAGGGACACAGGAGCCACGAUCCCACUCCCAGGAGGAGGGCAAGGCUGAGGCUGAGUCGCCUUUGUCCAGUGAGGUUUUGGUCUCAGUUUCUCUAACCCAGAAUGAACCAGGUGAGCUGCAGGCCACACUGGACCACUUGGGGCACACCUUCUCCAAUUCCCUACUCAAUUUCCCCAAUAUCUCUGCCACCACUAAUACCCUGGCCCAGCAGUUGCUGAGGCAAACCUUCUCCCUUCCCACAGGUGCAGAGGACCCUAAAAUCUCUUCAGAGCCAAACUCAGGCCCUGGUUACAUCUGGGGCCCUUUUCUGGGUCUGCUACUACUGCUUCCUUUGGUGUUGGCUGCAGUCUUCUGA